AUGCGCUUUCUCCGCCACGCCGCCGCCCUCGUCGCGGCGGCGGCAACGUCCGUCUCGGCCAUCAGUCUCGACCUGCAGAGUCCCGGUACGGACACCUCGCCACAUUCCCUGCUGCCCAACACUCUGAGUACUGACACCGACAUGCGCAGACUCCAUCAAGAUGGCCGCCGCCACCGUCGCCAAGAAGAUGGUCGCCUUCUAUCCCGGAGACCAGCCCGGCGGCAUCCCAGGUCUCCUCGGCGAUCCGUACUACUGGUGGGAGGCCGGCGGCAUGUUCGGCUCCCUGAUCGACUACUGGUACUACACCGGCGACGACCAAUACAACAACAUCACCACACAGGCCCUGGUCUUCCAGCUCUCCUCCACCUACAACUACAUGCCCCCCAACCAGUCCAAGUCCGAGGGCAACGACGAUCAGAUCUUCUGGGCUUUUGCCGUCAUGACCGCCGCCGAGUACAAGUACCCCAAUCCGCCCGACGGUACCCCUGCCUGGGUCUCCAUUGCCGCUGCCGUCUUCAACAGCCAGGCCAUCCGCUGGGACAACACGACAUGCGCCGGAGGGCUCCGAUGGCAGAUCUUCACCUUCAACAACGGAUACAACUACAAGAACUCGCCCUCCAACGCUGGCUUCCUGAACCUGGCUGCCCGACUCUACGCCUACACCGGCAACCAGACAUACGCCGACUGGGUGGAGAAGACGUGGGACUGGAUGACGGCCAUUGGCCUUCUCAGCCCCGACUCUCAAGUCUUUGACGGAACCAACGACUUGCAGAACUGCACCGAGCUGGACCACGUGCAGUGGACGUACAGCGCCGGCAUGAUGCUGAAUGCCGCCGCCGUCAUGUGGAACGCGACCAACGGAACGGCUGCUAACUCAAGCACGUGGGAGACACGCCUGAACGGCCUGUGGACGGAAUCGGCCAAUGUCUUCUUCAAGGACAAAGUCAUGCUGGAGAUUGCGUGUGAGCCGGGCGGGAACUGCAACAUUGACCAGCAGAGGUGAGCUGCAGCCCUACGGAUGACCUGUGACGCCGUUGACUGACUCCUUCACACAGUUUCAAAGCCUACUUCACCCGCUUCGUCGUCGCGUCCACCAAAUGGGCCCCACAACUUUACAACCAGGUCAUGCCCUACAUCCAGACCUCCGCCCAAGCUGCCGCCGCUCAAUGCUCCGGCGGCACGGACGGCAUCACAUGCGGCACCAAAUGGACCACCAACGGCGUCUGGGACGGAACGUACGGUGUCGGCCAACAGCUCUGCGCGCUGGAAAUCAUCCAAUCGAAUCUGAUCCAGCAAUCGUACGCCCCUGUGACCGCCUCUCGGGGUGGUAUCAGUCAGGGAAACGCCAGCCUCGGAACGGGAGGCGAUGACGGUGGCAAUCCCAUCGUGCUGUCUCCCAUCACCACCGCGGACCGCGCUGGUGCGGGGAUUGUGACGAUUGUGGUGAUUCUGGGCACGGUGGCGGGUGGGUAUUGGAUUAUAUCAUAG